CCUGACACUGAGGUUGAUAUAACUGAGGUUCAAUCUGCAGACGAUUUGGAUAAACUGCUUACGAUACAACUCUUUAUGCUUACCGAAACCGGAGCUAUAAAGAUAAAGCGUGGAACAAGGUCGGAGAAGCCGUGGGACUACCUGGUAAGUUUUGAAUGUAUGUAUUUGCUUUUAUUCUCGCUAUUUGUUGUACUUUACUAUCAACCAACCGCCGGCAUAUGUGUUUCAUGGCAGAGGAGAUCUGCCGCCGUAUGUGGAAAAGUCUCAGAGACACGUAUCAAAGAGAGAAGAGAGAGAGAGCAGCGAGAAGCGCAGUGGGAGUGCAGCUCAGUCCACUAACAAGUGGAAGUACUCUGCGGUCCUGUGGUUCCUCGACCCAUUUAUUACUCCGCGUCCGACGCGUCUGGUGUGAACACACCAUUAGAGACCGACUUCGGCUUAAAAAAUAAAAAGAUGGCAGAAGUGAAAUGUUUCAGUCUGUAAAGUUCUGUAACUCUACAGCUGCUCAUCCUGAUGAACUGUGUAUCAUAGAGACUAACGGCCUCAUAGUGUAUAAUCAAUGCUAUGAUGGAACCAUGUAGUUUCAUUAAUAUCUUGCUGUAGGCUAAUACUAAUAUUACUGCCAUUUGUUAAGUGUUGAAAAAGUUGGUAAAAAGUGAACCAUACAGAUGUUUUAUUUAUUACUAUUAUAGAUAAAUAUACCAGUCUCGUAUUUAUGGGACCAUAUUGUUUUUAUGGUACUGUAUUGAAUUCUGGUAUCGGGUAUCAUGAUAUUUAUGGCAGGUAUGUAAUAUGUAUAGUAGUUAUAAUAUGAGUAUCGUGACAAACAGGUAGAGACAGAACAGAUUCAGGGAAAAGUCCAUGAGGACUGUUCAGGCAAAAAAAAGGAAGUUGGUUCAUGAAUGACUUUAACCAUAUUAUAUAUAAUGACAAUGUAUAUUUGUUAUUACCAUCAUUACAGGGCUGAGUCAGAGCGGAGGACCUUUUGUUCUUAAACUGUUUAUUAUCACAAUUUAGAUUUGUGGUCAGAACAAUAAAAUGACUGUAGUUGUGGUUCUAAAAGCUUUGAGGCUUCAAACAACGUGGAUGUGGUGACAAAAAAAAAGAGUCACCUGCAUAUUGGAGGUGACCGAUAGACCCCGGUCUUAUGUUUUAUUGUUUACUUUUAUGCGUGCUGUGAUACUGUAUCCGACAUGUAUCCGUCUUUCCACUCUACUCCUGCACGCAGACACGUGAUCCGCCGCGAAAUGGGAAAUAAGACCUCGCAAACAACGAUUCCAGACGCAGGUCACAGUAGCGCUGCGUCCGAGGACCCUGCAUCUGACCCUACAUCUGUCCCGUCUACCUCCAGAGAUGUGGUCAACUCCUCCCCGGACCUCUUCGACUUCACCAAACUGGGCGCGGUGGGGUCGGAUGCGGUGAUGCAGGCCAUCAACUUGCUCCAGGAGGAUUUCCGGAUGCUCAGCUAUCGGGACUUACAAUGGGCCCUCGACGCUCUGAAGGGACAUUACGCAAUAACACGAAAGGCCUUAUGGGAAGCUCUGAUGAAGUGUCAGGAUCCGGGCGACCCCUCAGGAAGGAGACGCUCAGGAAAGAGACAACGGCGCAGAGCCUCCUCCUCUGAUUCUGAAACCAAGUUAUCUGCAGUCACACAGGUGAGCAGGUAA